AAAAGGGGAAGGCAGCUACGCAAACGCAAGGCACCCCACCCCGCUCACCGCAACCGAAGCAAUUAAAAAGCCGGAAGCCCGGAGGAGAGGGGAGGCGGCGAGAAGAGAAGGUGGGUUGGGGAAUCGGAAGCGAUCACAGAAAGCAAAGCUUGCUUGCUUCGUCUACCCGAAUCCCCCCAUCUCGCGCCGCGCCCUCCGUCUCUCGCCCGGGGGGCAGAUUCGGCCCGCGCCGCCGAUGGACCAGCUCGUCAAUUUCAUCAUCCGCCCGCCCAGAGCUGACUACAGUCCAAAUGAUGAUUUAUUAGAGCAGGAGUUUAUGCUGAAGGGAAGAUGGUUCCUGAGGAAGGAUUUGGAGGUAAAAAAUGGCCAGGGAAAAACGUUGCAGUGUAGUCACUACAUGCCUGUUGUGGUUCCUGAAGGAAAAGCUCUUCCUUGUGUCAUAUAUUGUCAUGGAAACAGUGGGUGCAGAGCUGAUGCUAGUGAAGCCGCUAUUAUUCUUCUACCAUCAAACAUUACAGUCUUUACACUGGACUUUUCAGGGUCUGGACUCUCUGAAGGAGAGCAUGUCACCUUAGGCUGGAAUGAAAGAGAAGAUCUGAAAGCUGUGGUUAACUAUUUGCGAACAGAUGGGAAUGUAUCUUGCAUUGGUUUGUGGGGUCGCUCAAUGGGUGCGGUCACAAGUCUAAUGUAUGGAGCGGAGGAUCCAUCAAUUGCAGGAAUGGUUCUUGAUAGCCCAUUCUCCAACUUGGUCGACUUAAUGAUGGAGCUAGUGGACACCUACAAAUAUCCACUGCCAAAAUUCACUGUCAAACUUGCAAUACAGCAUAUGCGAAAGAUUGUCAAGAGGAAAGCUAGUUUUGACAUCAUGGAUCUUGAUACCAUUCAGGUUGCAAAACGAUGUUUUGUUCCUGCUUUGUUUGGACAUGCAACUGAGGAUGAUUUUAUACUUCCCCAUCAUUCAGACAAAAUAUAUGAAUCAUAUAUUGGUGACAAAAACAUUAUAAAAUUUGAUGGGGACCACAAUUCACCACGUCCUCAAUUUUACUUUGACUCAAUCACUAUAUUUUUCCAUAAUGUGCUAAACCCUCCUGAAGUGGCAGAGGAUCAUUAUUUCCUGACACCACGUAGUAGCCUUGGUCAGGGUCAUUGGGAUACAGAACAGGACAUAGAGUAUAGGUUCUCUCAAUCACCUACAGGGACAGCCCGUGCGGCUACGACAGAAGAUGCCAUUGCACAGUUGCGUUCUAGAAGGCUCAUGAGUAGAAUGGAGGUUCCAUCUGGUGCCACCACUGAAGACAGGGCUGAUCGAACUGAGGGUUUGGAUAGUGAUCAAGGUCCCUCCUCAUCUAGUGUGUCAACAGCAACUCCUCCCAACGGCCGCAACGGAAGGUUGCUGACUCCAACCUCUGAUGAUGGCGAGUAUGUGGAGUACUCAUUUGAUAGCUUGUCAGAUAUGCCUUACACCGUGGAAGAUGAAGAUAGAAUGCUGAUGCAAGCAAUUCUUGAAUCACUGAAAGACUAUGAACAGUCAAAUAUAAAAAAUGUGCAAUCCACUGCAUCUGAUGCUGCACCCAAAGAGAACGAUACUGUAAGAGAGAGCAAUGGUGUGGCUGCUGCAGCAUUGGAGCAAGAUGCAGCCUCUGCAUCAUUCGAUGCUCCUGCCAAACAUACGAAUGUCUGCAACAGUGGAGAAAAAGUCAGUGAAGGGCAAACUACAGAUUGCGACGCUGUAAAGAACAGUGCUUCGGUCUCUGCUUCUGGUUCUUCAGAGCCCUUAGCGUCAACACAGAUGACCAAUGGAAAACCUGCUUCGGCAGAAUCCCAGAAAGUGACUCAGAAUGCCAAUGGGGAGGACGGCACUAGAGCAACUUUGGUAGUCCAGAAGAGCCGUACGGGCGGCCUGAUAGAUGGUUUGACACAAAAAUGGGGUUCUUUCUUCAAGAACAACGACUAAGACGAGGAAAGAUACAUGAUGAUUCCCUUGACAAUACGUGUUCCGUCGUGUUAAUAGUAACAGAGUUGCCGUUGGCAGAUGAUGUCCAGCUUGAUUGGUUUUACAUGUAAAAUGGAAAGGAAACAGGUGAUUUCAGGACGGACGUUCGUGUGUAUAUAGAAGUAGGAAUUGUAGUGCCCCCAUUGAUUUGUAUCAUCUCGCAACGUCCGGUGUGAAUUGGCAAGACCUUUCUUCUUGCUAAUGGUUGUAACAUAAUUUGAAAGCCGAUUACCUUGUAGGGUUUUAUAUCUUUUUUUAAUAUAUAAAAACAGUAAAGGGUAA